UCCAAAAUUUUCAAAAUGACUACUGCUCAUGUCUAUUUUGCCGACAUACCCCUUUCGUCGCCCUCCUCAUCCUCGGCCACAAGUGUUGCCGCAGCAGAAGGUCAUCGUUCCAAUUUCGAGGCACCAAACAGUGACGCAACAUCCAUGCAACGUCAAUGCAAUCGGCGCAAUGCCAACGAGCGUAGCAUUUCGCCCGGCCUCAAUACCAACACAACAGCAAUGCACUCGACACCACGCUAUGAACGAAAUAUGGGCUUCUUUCGACAACUGAGUCGUCGUUUUGGUUUGAGGUCAAACGAUGACCUAGUUUAUUCGGCCAGCAAUGAGGAGGACAAUCAAAGUUCAUCGACCGAUUCCUGUUCCUCGCAUCGAGAAAAUGCCAACAAGGAUGCUCAACAGCAGCGGCAGUACUGUAAUGCCAGUAAUAUAAUGACGGCAUCAAUGAUGACCAUGUCCAUAACGGAGCAUAUCUCUUGUGCGUCCAGUGAGACCAGCAGCACGGUAGAUAUAGAGGAACAACAGCAGCAACAACAAUCACAACUACCCGAAGACGACGAUGAUGAUGCGGCUGACGAAAAUAAACAAGCGAAUGGCAAACAAUCUAACACCCAUGGCUGUCACAAGGAUCGCAAAUCCUUUGCCCGUUCCAGUUUUUCACGUCUCCACAGGCGUUCGGCCAGUUCGAUACGACGAGCUUUUGAAAAUUUCUCUUUGUCAUCACGUUCACUAUCAUGCAGCGGCACAACACCGCCACCGCCGCCACCAUCACUGUCCUUGACCACACACCACCAACAUACGUCAUCAUCCUCGUCGUCGUCCACACCCAUAAAAUCGGCUCUCAAGUCGACAUCUAACCUCGAACUGAAUAAAAAAUACAACACCACAUCAUCGGCAAGUGCAUCAACGUCGUCAUCAGCAGCAGCAGCAGCUACCGCUUCUGGCUCAACAGCAACAACAAAAUCGAAUAAAAACAAAACAAAGCCACCGCCUCAAAGGAUACUACGUCAGCCUGUCUCCUAUACAUAUCUGAAGGGCAUUUCAGGUUUACCAACCCAAAGGGUGCCACGUAAUUCCGUAUGCUGCCAAUAUGCCAGACGUUAA